CCAUUGUGAGCUGAAUCUGCUUCUCUGAAUUGUAUCUCCAGGAGUCAGAAGAAAAUAUGAAAGUAGCCAUCAUAGCUGUGUGCCUCCUUGGCCUCCUUUGCCUCUCCUAUGCAGCUCCUCAUGGUGACGAGCUUGACCGAGAGAAGCGCUCGUCCAGCGGAGAGAACAACGGGGGCUUUGGCUUUGGCCCAUAUCCAUACCCCUUCUUCCCACCAUUCCAGGACCAGAACAAUCAGCUGGAGCCUUUACUGUUCUUCCUGCUGGGACGGCUCCUGACCCCGGCUCCUGCUGCUGCUGCUGCUGCUGGUGGAGGAGGCUAAGUAACAGGACCUGCAUGCUGCCAGGGAUACAAGGCAACCUCUCAUCCAGCAGCAGCGCUAACUAACUGCAUUUCUAUUUGUCUGUCACAUCACUGAAGACACUAUUUCCAUAUCCGUUUACAUUU